CCCAAUUGCAAAGCCAUGAGCCCCAUUAGGUGGGGGCUUCUGUUCAUUUGCCUGGGCUGUGGGCUCCUGCCUGGGACGUGGGCUCAGUUCCCCCGCGUCUGCAUGACAGUGACCAGCCUGGUGGCCAAGGAGUGCUGUCCACCUCUGGGUGUGGAACCAGCCAACGUCUGUGGCUCACAGGAGGGCCGCGGCCAGUGCGCGGAGGUGCAAGUGGACACCAGGCCCUGGAGUGGUCCUUACAUCCUGAGGAACCAGGAUGACCGCGAGCAGUGGCCAAGGAAGUUCUUCAACCGGACCUGCAAGUGCACAGGAAACUUUGCUGGCUAUCAUUGUGGGGACUGCAAGUUUGGCUGGAUGGGCCCCAGCUGCAAUCGGAAGAAAACACCAGUUGUUCGUCAGAAUAUCCAUGCCUUGACUCCUCAGGAGAGAGAGCAGUUCUUGGGUGCCCUGGCCCUGGCGAAGACAACCACACACCCCGACUACGUGAUCACCACACAGCACUGGCUGGGCCUCCUUGGGCCCAAUGGAACCCAGCCACAAAUUGCCAACUGUAGCAUUUACGAUUACUUUGUGUGGCUCCAUUAUUAUUCUGUUAGAGAUACAUUAUUAGGACCAGGGCACCCAUACAAAGCCAUAGAUUUCUCACACCAAGGACCUGCCUUUGUUACGUGGCACCGAUACCAUUUGUUGUGGCUGGAAAGGGAGCUCCAGCGACUCACUGGCAAUGAGUCCUUGGCUUUGCCCUACUGGAACUUUGCCACUGGGAGAAACGAGUGUGACAUAUGUACAGACCAGCUGUUCGGGGCAUCAAGACCAGAUGAGCCAACUCUGAUUAGUCUGAACUCAAGAUUUUCCAGCUGGGAAAUUGUCUGUGAUAGCUUGGAUGACUAUAACCACCGGGUCACCCUGUGUAACGGAACCUAUGAAGGUUUGCUGAGAAGAAACCAAUUGGGAAGAAGCAAUGAGAGACUGCCAACCUUAAAAGACAUCCAAGAUUGUCUUUCUCUCAAGAAGUUUGACAAUCCUCCUUUCUUCCAGAACUCUAGCUUCAGCUUCAGGAAUGCACUGGAAGGGUUUGAUAAAGCAGACGGCACCCUGGACUCUCAAAUGAUGAACCUUCAUAAUUUGGUUCAUUCCUUCCUGAAUGGAACAAAUGCUUUGCCGCAUUCUGCUGCCAAUGAUCCCAUUUUUGUGGUUCUUCAUUCUUUUACGGAUGCCAUUUUUGAUGAGUGGAUGAGAAGGUUUAAGCCUCCUGUGGAUGCCUGGCCUUGGGAGCUGGCACCCAUUGGUCACAAUCGGAUGUAUAACAUGGUUCCUUUCUUCCCCCCAGUGACUAAUGAGGAACUCUUUUUAACUGCAGACCAACUUGGUUACAGCUAUGCAAUUGACCUGCCAGUCGAAGAAACCCCAGGUUGGAGCACAGUCUUCCCAGUGGUUAUGGGUGUGCUAGUGGUUUUGGUAGGUCUUUUUGCCCUGCUGGUUUUUCGUCACUAUAGAAGACUUCAGAAAGGAUAUACACCCCUGAUGGAAACACAUUUAAGCAACAAGAGAUAUACAGAAGAAAUCCAGGGUGUUCUUGGCUUACCUUAA